CACUGGCUUUUCUAGCAGACUGUAACGUCUGCAAAGGAAACCAUCCCAAGCUGCAAUCCAGGAACAUAAGUGGAUUGGGGUAAAAUUUAACAAGAGGCUCUUAUUUAAAAGACCAAGGGGAUCCAAGGAAAGAUUUACAUCCUUCUCUAGUGGAGGUUGCAGUAUUGCUUUGGAAUCAUGUGUUGCGGAAAGUGUGCAAAGUGCCUCGGAACUAUUCUCAUUCCUCUGGCUGUACUGUGUACCAUUGCCAAUAUUUUGUUGUUUUUCCCUGGAGGAACGAUUCAAGACAGUGCCAAUAUUUCCGAUGAAGUCUGGUACUUCGGAGGGAUCUUGGGUUCUGGUUUACUGAUGUUGUUUCCUGCCCUGGUCUUUUUGGGUCUUAACAAUAAUGAUUGCUGUGGAUGUUGUGGUAAUGAAAGCUGUGGAAAAAGAUUUGCGAUGUUUAGUUCUAUAAUAUUUGCUGCAGUGGGAAUAUUGGGCGCUGCAUACAACAUAGUCGUGGCAUCACUUGGUGUGCACAAAGGGCCUAAAUGUCUCACUUAUGAGGAAAACAACACAUGGUCCUAUCCAUUUAAUCAUGGUGAUUACCUGGAUGACAAAACACUAUGGGAGCUUUGCAAGGGACCGGAAUCCAUCGUGACCUGGAAUCUGACUCUCUUCUCCCUGCUGAUGAUCAUGGGUUGCGCACAGGCAGUGCUCUGCCUCUUUCAGGUUAUCAACGGACUCUUUGGAGCAAUCUGCGGGGACCAUAAAUGUUGCGAGGGAAACGGAGCGGUUUAAAGCAUUUGAAGGCUGCAGAAAUCACCACUUACAACAUAGAAAUAGACUUUCCUCUCAAUAUCAUGGCCUAAGCGGCUUUACCAGAUCUAAGAUGAAGGGCCUUUCCUCAUUGAUUCAAAGGAGUCCUGAUUGCCUUUUACUUCCUUUUGACUCCUGUUGACAUUUCACAUCUCCCAAUGAAUUUAGCAGCGAUUUGAGCUGUAUUUUUUUGUAUAAUACUUUUUUUUUUUCUGAAACAAACCUUUGGGGAAAGAGCUGGAAAUUGUGCAGGAACUGAGAGCAGGAAAUUCUGUACUGUUAUGGGGGUGGGGAUACCAAACCCAGCAGGGUGAAUGCAGCUGAAUUUGCCCUGCCCCACAUAUUCUUAGGAAGUUAAACCCCUUUCUGUUCUUUUACCAUGUUUAUUUCUCGACUAGGAUCCACUCACUCCCUGCCUGACACCUCUCUCCUUCUAGGCUGCUAUUGGGCAACCUGUUGAUAUUAUAGAUCACUUUUACAGCAGUGGAAUAAUUAGGGUUGCCAGGUAUGCACAUAGGCAGAAAUAAAACGGUCUGUCUCUCCCCCCCCCCCCAUCACUCCAUCUCUAUGGUGGGUAAAAGAAAAAGAAAAAAGCUCUGUCUAUUGAUUUCUGUUUCUUACUGUACUUCCAGUGGAGCCCUCAAGUGGCCGUGAAAUGGCAGCCGCUUCGAAGGAUCUGUCCUGAGGCUGGGGGCAUUUCUUUAGGGCAGUUAUCCUCAACCUUGUGCCUGCCAGAUAUUGUCAGAUUACAACUCCAUGCUGGCUGGGGAUGAUGGGAGUUGUAGUUCAAUACAUCUGAAGGGCACCAGGUCACAUAAGGCUGCUUUAGGCUGUGAAUAUGCAUACCCAUCAGCACCACACAUUGACCUGGUUAACACAACACGAUAGCCCAUUGUGGGUUAAUUUUCCCUUGAGGAGCCGCAGUGCAUUCCAGCUGCCAUUAUGAAUAUGCAAGCCCUGUCCAGGAGUUGCUGCGGCUGGUCGUGUGAACCCAGCUAAUGGGGUAUUUGAGCGUUACACAAUCCUCGCAUAACCCACGGCCUGUUUUGGGAUUAUGCAAGAGUUGUUUAACCCUCAAAUAAACAAUGGGCAGUUGUGUCAUGUGGACUGGCCUAUAAAUAUGACCUGUGCUGGGUCUUGGUUGUCAAGUGGCAAGAGGACAGUCCUUAUGAUUCCAGAAUUCUGGCCUUCCUGAAUGGACUGAGGGACCUGGCUGAGGGACUAGCCCAGUCCAUCUUUGCAUAUUCAGAAAGAGCACCAAGAUUUACAUUCCCUUAAGCCAAAGGAGUCUUCUGUGCUUUUGAUUGCUACAUGUCAAGAGAGGGUUAGCUGAGACAGCUUUGCCUGGCAACCAGGAGAUGAGAAGCCCCACCUGGUACACAUAUCUAUUAAAAGCACAGAAGUUUCUUUGAAUUGCUUUGAACUUAUGAGAGUUAUUGGCCUGUUCUGGCCCUGCUCAUGACGGGGUUGGGGGGAACCAUCAGCAGAUUAAUUUCUUUGCCUUUCAAGGCUCAGGAGCAAGGCCAGAGGAAAAACGUUGGCAAUCCUGGUGGUCAAGCAUCAGGUCUCAUGGUUUCUGAGCACACCAGCUAAUGCAACUUCAGCUGCCAUUUCAUUAUUGUCCUUGUUUUAUUUUAUGUGCCUGGAGCUACAAGUCCACACGCCUGUGCCAUUUUCCCAAAGAUAUCUUUGUAUAUACUAAUAUCAAGAGCAUUGUACUGAGAAAAAGUUCUGUAAGCCAUUAAAAGUGUUUUGUUUUC